AUGAGCCUGGUGGACUCUGACAGCAAUGGGGAAAAAAAGAGAACGCGAAAAGCCCUUGCCCCGCGCGGGGCCUCUUUUGUGUGGUUCCUGCCAACGCAGCAGCACUCCCGCUAUAUAGACCCGCUGCACCGCCCGCCGCACGCACUCAACUCGCAUCCUCCGGGUCCACCAGCCAUGGGGAAGGCCCUUGAGCCGCGCCUCCCCUCGCCUCAUCUUGCCUCGCCUUGCCCUGCCUUGCAGAUCACCUUCUACGAGGACCGCGGCUUCCAGGGCCGCCACUACGAGUGCAGCAGCGACCACUCCAACCUGCAGCCCUACUUCAGCCGCUGCAACUCCAUCCGCGUGGACAGCGGCUGCUGGAUGCUCUAUGAGCAGCCCAACUACUUGGGCAGCCAGUACUUCCUGCGGCGGGGCGAGUACCCCGACUACCAGCAGUGGAUGGGCCUCAGCGACUCGGUCCGCUCCUGCCGCCUCAUCCCACACGCGGGCUCCCACCGGAUCCGACUGUACGAGAGAGAAGAUUACAGAGGCCAGAUGGUGGAGCUCACUGAGGACUGCCCCUCUCUGCAGGACCGCUUCCAUCUUACCGAGAUCCACUCCCUCAACGUGCUGGAGGGCUCCUGGAUCCUCUACGAGCUGCCCAACUACAGGGGCAGGCAGUUCCUGCUGCGGCCAGGGGAUUACAGGGGCUACCACGACUGGGGGUCCCUGAAUGCCAGGGUGGGCUCUUUGAAAAGAGUCAUGGAUUUCUAUUGA